CCGUGGAGGCGGCGGCGGCGGCCGCGAGCGCCAGUCGGUGGCAAACACAUGUACCCGCAGCAGGUGCCGGCCGGGUACCGAGUGCGACGCGCGCGCACCUCAGCGCGAUCCUGGUGACCGGGAGGCGUUUCCGCCGAAGUGUCUCCGUGACAUUCGCGCUUGCACCGUGGUUGACACACUUUGUGGUAUCGUUGUGACCGCGGCAGUCAGUAACGGUCGCGGUGUUUUGUCGCCCGCGUGAGGCGAGGCGGGUCCGUGUGCGGGACCGUGGACUGCACCUGCACGAUGAACAACCACCACGCGGCCGGCGCCGGGGCGGGCCAGCACGCCGCCGCCCCCGCCGUGCCCCCGCGGCUCUCGGGGGAGCGGCGCAACUCGGCCGCCAAGUGGUCGCUGUCGACCAUCGCCGAGGCUGACCGGGCCGCCAUCCUGGGCCGCAAGAAGUGGCCCCAGCACGUCGCCGCGCUGUCUGCGACCCUCACGUCCCUGGUCGGCGGCGCCGUCCUGGGCUGGACCUCGCCCAUCCUGGGCCGCGUGCACAUCCUGGGACCGAUCGGGUCCUGGGUGGCGUCCCUGGCGCCGCUGGGCGCGCUCGUCGGCGCAGCGCUGGCGGGCUGGGCGGCCAACUCGGCCGGCCGCAGGACCCUCAUCCUGGCCCUCAUCCUGCCCAACCUGGCGGGCUGGGGCGUGCUCGUGGCCGUGGGCAACAACGUGGAGGAGGCGCUCGCCGAGAAGGUCGACAUGCUCUACGCCGGCCGACUGCUCACGGGGCUCUGCGCCGGCGCGGCCACGGUGCUCGUGCCGAUGUACUCGUCCGAGAUCGCCGACUCCGUGACCCGGGGCACGGUCGGCGUGUACCUGGACCUCAGCCUCACCGUCGGCAUCCUCCUGGCGUACAUCGUGGGCGGAUGGGGCGGACAGACGGUGCUGUCGGGGCUGUGCGGCGCGCUGUCCAUCUUCGCCGCCGCCGUGUUCUUCUUCAUGCCCGAGUCCCCGCAGUUCCUGGUGGUGAAGGGUCGCCGCGCCGAGGCCGAGGAGGCACUGCGAUGGCUGCGGACGGGCUCCAGUGCGCCCCCGCCCAAAGGCCAAAACGGACCGCGCGGCGACGUCACGAGCGAGCUGGACGCCAUGACCCGCCUGGCCGUGGAGUCCGAGGAGCGGGAGCGUGCAUCCGGCGGCAUCCUCGGCGCGGUGCGAGGCCUGUGCGGGAAGGGUGGCGCGUCGCCAACCUCAAGGGCUGUGGUGCUGGUCGUCGUCCUCAUGGCCCUGCAACAGCUGUCCGGAAUCGACGCCAUCAUCUUCUUCCUGCAGACCAUCUUUCAGAAGUCAGCCAGCUCGCUGGACCCCACGACCUCGUCCAUAGUGGUGGGCGUGGUGCAGGUGGCCGCCACCCUGGUGGCUGCGCUGUUGGUGGAGAGGGCGGGUCGCCGGCUGCUGCUCGGGGUCUCCGGCUCUCUCAUGGCUGCCUCGCUAGCCGCCCUGCUCGUCUACUUCCUCUUCCACAAAGAGCUCGAGGUUGACCUCAACGCCUUCAGCUGGCUACCCAUCAGCUGCCUGUCGGCCUUCGUGUUCGUGUACUGCAUUGGCUUCGGCCCGCUGCCCUUCCUCAUGAUGGCCGAGUUCCUGCCGCUGGAGGCGCGGUCCUGGGGUUGCGGCCUGGCUACCUGCGUCAACUGGAGCCUCAUGUUCGUGGUGGUGCGCGUCUUCAACCUGCUCCUCAACAACAUCGGCGAGGCGGCCACCUUCGGCAUCUUCUGCGCCAUCUGCAUCCUGGGCACCCUGUUCGUGCUCACGCUCGUGCCCGAGACGCAGGGCAAGACGCCGACCGAGAUCCGGCAGUACCUUCAGGAUCGUGAGAUCCACACCGUCACCAGGAGGAUGUCCACCCCCGGCGGAGUGGUGUGAGGCCCGGCCGGCGGCCAACCGAGCCAAAGAUGGACUCCAAUGUCUUCAGCGGGGUUGGAUUUAAAAGAAAAAAAUGGGUAGCUCCUUGAUUGAUGAAAGCCAUAUCAAUGCAUCACUGCUACCUCACUUGAUUUCUCUAUUUAUAAUCUGUUAAUCACAAUCUUAUGUGUGUAUAUUUUUCCAGGUUGUGCGAGUGUGUCAGUGAGAGAGUGCGAGCGUGUCUUUGUGUGUGUAUGCAUGAUGAGUCAAUAUAUUGUACAUUUAUGAAAAUAGUUCUGCUUUGAUUUUCAUUAGGUCUGCUACCAUGUGGGACCAAGCAUAAAGAUACUCAGUGUAAGAUUAUUCAGUUCAGGAAACAUUCAGUGUUUUUAUUUUUCCCCCAUUUCAUUCAUUGAUUUCACCUUCAUAGCUCAAUUAAAUGAGAUCACUGUAAUAAUUUCAAUAGAAAUUGUGAAAAAUAAAUAAUUCUUCAAUUGGAACAAUUCAA